AUGAUUAACAAUUUUAAAUCACCACAGUCGAAUGACCCGAUUAAGAAGCUGCAGAAUUUGCUGAACAACUGCCUCUACUCCGUCGUCGACGUGCUGAGCAAUUUAUCCUACCAAGGGGAUCCCAAGGAGCUGGAAGUUGUUCCGGAGGAGGAGAGUGAAUAUGCCUACUUUGUGAACUUGCUAAAGGAAAGGGCCGCCGACAUUGAGCGGGAGGCGCAGGAGAAUGAGGAAGCGGUGGAAGAAGUACAGGCGGAGGUGAAGGGGGAGCUUGAAGAGGAAGUCAAAGCGGAAGUCAAAGAGAAACUGAAAGAGGAAGCUAAAGAAGAAGUUAAAGAAGAAGAAAAAGAGGAAGCACAGGAGGAAAACAACACGCCGGACAACUCCACGGGGGACGGCGACCCAGUGAAGGAUGGCCAAACAGACGAAUCGAAGGACUCGUCAAGCGAAGAAACGGGCGAUGAGUCGUACACAGAGUCAGGCGGUUUAUCGGAUGGACAAUCAAACGUGGAUACGAUGGACAGAAAGGGAACAGACGACGAGCAGACGCAACGCUCCGUGGAGGAAGGACCCCCCAAAAAGUAUUUCGUCAAACCCUAUUUUGAAACCCCCUUGCGGGAAGAAAUCCUAGACCGAGUGGAACGAAUGAACUUGAUUUUAAAAAUGAUAGACUCUUGCAUAGAGGAGCUGCCCGAUUCGUUAAUGAUCGAAGAAGAGAAGUGCCAAGAAAUUAAGGCGUUACAGAAACGGAAGGACGACUCCAAGGAGGAGCUAAAAAGGCUCUACAGCGAAUACGACGCCAUUUACAGUUACGUCUCGGAUAACCUGCGGGACAUCAUUAUUAACAUGGAGUAA